AUGGGAUCACUUAUGCUCGCUGCCUGCAGCGAUCGUGGUGAUCUUGGUCACGGCCGGCGCCUUCUCACUGACGCCCAGGAUCGAGGGCUCUAUCCCGAUCGAUUCGUGCAAAGCACGGCGGUGGCGAUGCUAGAUCUGCGAGGCCAGGAAAUUGCUGGGCGAGGCCAAGAUCGUUGCCUGGAACGCGAUGAUCUCGCCCAGUUGGGGCAUUUGCAUGAAGCUCUGGAAACUGACCGGGAGAUGGAACACGAUGGCUCCAGCAGCCCCGAUCUCUUCACCUUUGCAAGCGCUCUAGCCGCCGCAGCCGGGCUUGGAGAUCUAGACACCGGGAAGGCGAUCCACGAGAGAAUGGCGGCAGACAGAUCGCUCAAGCUCGACGUCUUCUCCAACUGUGGGAGCUUGAGCCAUGCCAAGCUCGUGUUCGAUCGCAUCCCGGACAAGGUCGCAGUCUCCUGGAACUCGAUGAUCUCGACCUACGUGCGCCACGGCCGCUACAAAGACGCCAUCGCCACGUACCGCGCCAUGGACUCUCGCCCAGACGAAGCCACCAUCGUGAGCGCGCUCGCGGCAGCGUCGGCUCUCGCGGAUCUACGGCAAGGACCACGCUCUCGAGCUAGGAAUCGCCACUCCAGCGGUGGAGUCCGCGCUCGCAAGCUUGCACGCCAAGUGUGGAAGCCUGGACGCGCUGUUCGAGAAGAACCGGGAAGGAUCUAG